CCCGUCUGUCCCACGUUCCCCGUCUCAUGCCGUGGCGCAGCCGGGAAGACGGCCGUAGAUAUGGCCAUGAAGGCUGGGAUGACUGGAACACAGACCGGGAGAAUUGGAAGGCUUCGACCUGGGGCAAAGACACCAAGUCGGAGGCCAAUGGCAAGGUCGCGAAUGGCCACGCACAAACUGCAGCCGAGCGCUUUGCCGUGUUGGCACCAUCUGCCGAGAAGACCAGGCGCAAGGACUGGGAGAGCACGCGGCGAGAGGGGCCGAAGCGGCACGCCCCCGAGAGAGGCGACGGUCCCUCGACGUCCGCGACGGCACCUGUGAACCCACCGCUGUUGCAGCUGCCAAUCGACGAGUUCCGAGACAGGAUCCUGCGACACAUCCGCGAGAAUCGGGUGACACACAUCCAGGGCGAGACUGGUUGUGGCAAAUCGACUCGUCUGCCACAGUUCAUCUUAGAGGAUGCCCAGGAACGAGGUGAGGAGAUCCGUAUGGUGGUGACCCAGCCCAGGCGCAUGGCAGCUGUGACGCUGGCACGGCGGGUGGCCUCGGUACUGGGCGAGGACAUUGGCCAGGGGACUGUGGGCUAUAGGAUCAGUGGUGACACCAUCGAUGGAAAGCUUUGCUUCGUCACGGUGGGCUACUUGCUGCAGCGCCUGGUGAACAAUCCAGAGGAUUUCGACCGCUACACGCACGUGGUGCUGGAUGAGGUACACGAGAGAGGUGUAGAUGCGGACCUCCUGUCAAUGGUCAUCAAGCUGCUGAUGCAUUGCUGUCCCACCGUGAAGCUCAUCGUGAUGUCUGCCACCUUGCAGGCAUCGCUCUUUGCGGACUACUUUUCAUCCUUGCAGAGAAACCGGAAAGCGUCAGAGGUGCUGGCGGUCGGUGCUCGCUGCCACCCUGUUGAGCAACUCUUUUUGGACGACCUGGAGGAGCAGUUUGACUUUGCCGAGUCACGAGAUCGACGCAGCCUGGACAAUGCUCUCGAGGCGUUUCGCAGCCUCUCCAAAGGGAAAGGCAAGGGCAAGAGCAAAGGAGGUGACGACACCGGCUUCAAGCGCGUGGAGCCGCAGAUCUCAGAUGGUCUGAUGGAGGUGACCUGCAGCCUUGUGCAGCAGCUCGCAAAGCCAGGAUGUACAGUGAUUGUGUUUUUACCUGGAAUUGCUGACAUCACGACGCUCUUUGAGAACUUGGCUCCCUUGGACGACGCGCGUGAGCUGACUCGCGCUGGUGUGAUCAAGCGUGCGGAUUGCCCCAGGCUGCGGAUUUUUGCGCUGCACUCCAUGAUCCCUCGACAGGAGCAGGAGGAAGUCUUUAAUGAAGUGCCUGAGGAUUGUAGCCACAUCGUUUUGGCCAGCAACAUUGCCGAGAGCUCCCUCACAUUGCCGAAUGUCUGUGCUGUUGUCGACUUAGCACUGCGCCGUUCGGUACAGUACGACACUCGUCGGCUGAUGUGCUGUCUAGUGACCACGUGGUGCUCUCAAAGCUCCUGCAAGCAGAGAAGAGGCCGAGCAGGCCGCACGAUGCCGGGGCGUGCCGUUUGCUUGGUACCGCGGCGCUUCUUUGAGAAGCAGCUGCCGCUGUUUGACCCCCCGGAGAUGCUGAAUGCACCGCUGACCAAGCUCUACUUGCAGGCAAAGCAACUAUGCUCCACCCUCACUCGAGUGGCGGAUCGAGUGCAUCUACCGCCGGAAGUGCACAUGGAUGUUAGUGCGCCCAAGGCGCUUCUGCAAGAGGUGGUGCAACCUCCGUCGCUGGAAUUGUUGGACGCUGCCAUUUGGGAACUCGCCGCCGUUGGCUGCCUGACCACAGCGGAAGAGGAUGCGGACAUCACGCCCUUGGGACAAAUCGCCAUCGCUUUGCCCUGUGAUCUUCGCAUUUGCCGGUUGCUUUUCCUUGGAUGCCUUUUCAGAUGCCCUGCUGAUGCAUUGGCAAUGGCAGCAGGCCUCACUGCGCCAGAUCCUUUCAGUGCACCAUCUCUUUUGGUGUUGAAGGACCAAAGAGAAUAUGUGCAGAAGUUAGACCGCUCUUUUGCCGCGCGCCGCUGGUGCGAUCACGGGACUUUUUCCGAGCCCAUCAUGAUGCAUUCACUUUUUGUCGAGUGGAUUCGUGCUGGUGCCCCUCGUGGCGUGAAAGCCUUGGGCUCCUUCGUGAGAGACUGGUCCAUCAUUCCUAAGAAGUUCGAGUCUCUGACCACGGAUGCUACGGAUCUGACCGUCCGCUUCUUGAAACUCUUGAAACCUGGGGCUGCACGGAGCAAUUUGGAGGAGCUUCUUGCUGCUAUGCACCACAAGAUUGAUAGGGGUGAUGAUCUGCUUCGCGUCACUGGUCGCGGACGGGUCGAGCGCAUUUUUACAGGAGAUGUUGACAAGCUGCGGUCUUUGGUGGCCCUAGCCUUCAGCGACCAGAUGCUGCUGCACCUGAAUCCUCGAUGGGCGUGUGGUGGCCCCAAGAAGAAGCAAGAGGAGCAGUUGCUGGACCUGAUGCUAAAAAACAGCCUGGAUCCGCACAACACGGUUGGUAUUUUCGUGCCCACCGGCGAGGACGAGGACAGCAUCAGCGAGCUUGCGGCCAACAUGUGUGGAGAGCAGCCUGAGCAAGUUCUGGUGAUUGAGAAGGCCAAGAUGGCGCUGGUGUCCUUCCAGCACACUGCGGAACAGGAUGCGUUAGAUCACGAUGACGUGUUACUGUGGGAUGUGCCAUCCUCAAUCCAUCGGCUUCACAUGUUUGGAUCUGGUCGAUAUCGCUUUUUCGUUGAGAGGUCCGACAAGGAGCCAGUGGAGCUUUUCAAACCCAUCCAUCCUUUCAUGCUGCAGUGGGAUGUUCUCACCCAUCCAGGAGGAAGUGUGAACAACAAGAAGAAGCCUCCGACCGUCAAGGGCAUGUGUGACUGGCGGAACCCCUUGGGCUUUGCAUGCCACGUGGACGAGACGUUGCCUCCGACAGAGUUCGUGGGAUGCUGUGCUUCCGUUCAAGGUUUGGAGGGCGGGGCUCAGGCCUUUGUUGCGGGCUCGACUGUCUUGCCAUUAAGAUUUCUGCCUCUACUACUGACCACCCUUUGCCCAGAACGCUGGGCUUUGAACUGGGCGGUGGAUCAGAAUGGAGAGGUGUGGGGUGUCCGCAUAUUACAUCACGAGCUGGUGAAUCUGCCGGCGAAGACUUUGGCACCUGAGGUGCUGGAGGCGAUCAAUUUUCUCCGGGUACAGUUGCAGGAGGCCUUAUAUCCGGCAUCAUGGUGGGAUGAAUGGAACGAACCAUGGAAUGAGUCAGGUGCGCGGCACGCACGAGGCCCUAAGGACCGCGACGAUUUGGUGGAAACCCCUGACCUCAGCGAGUCUUUGCAGAGUCUCUUACAGAUGCUGCCUCAAGCUCAUGGCAAAUUACUCCAGCACCCCAAGAAGCUGAGAUGGCGACCUGCCGCUACAUUUUCAGAGGAGUGGGACGAUGAUUCACUCAGACCUUUACAACCACUUUCAACGGGCGAGGAUGGAUCUGAGGAGAUUGGCAGUAAGGAAUUCAAAAAUGUCAUUGAAUACCUCACUGCCCAUGGAGAGUGCUUGGUCAAAGAUUUACCAAAGAGCAUGCAGAAGAACAAGAAGCAAUUCGGAAAGAGGCCAGACCUUUUUGAGCUCCAGCAGACCAAAAAGGGCUCCCUUUUGGUCCGCCUUGCUGGUGCACCUGCCACUAAAAAGAAUGGCAAUCAGGGUCAAAGAGGCUCUGCACGAGCACAUGGCCGAGAGAAGCCGUUGGUGGACGCGAUUAUAAGGCUGCUGAAGGGUCGCAAGGAAGGUGGCCCCAUGGGCUUGGGGGAGCUUGGCUCCCAGGAGCACGUGAAGGAUCUCCUCACUCAGCAAAAGGUCCAGUUGCAGAAGAUCAAACCCUUUUUGCAAGCCUUUCCGUCGGUGUUUGAGAUGGGAGAAGACGGCCAUGGCCAGCUUGCUGUGCAGCUUUGUGGUGGCGGAUUCGAUUUCAAGAGCGUCCCCAAGAGCAGGAGCACCAAAGGUGCCCACCCUGGCUCCGGAAGGCGAAAAGGAGGCUCCCUGGUGACCGAACACAUCACCUCUCUUUGCUCUCAAUCUCCAGCACUUGCCGCGGAUUUUGAUGGCCGAGUAAAAGGCCUCCUGCAAGACAUCCAGGAGAAAGAAGGUGCUGACGGACUCGAUGAGUGCUUCGACAUGCUGCAUGAGUGGCUGAGCAAGAAGGAGGAGCGAAGCAGUAUCAACAAUUGGACUGCAUACAUCAUGAAGCUCCUGCGAAAUUGGAACCAGAUGGAAUGAAGACGUCCUUUUUUCCAGUCGUCAGUCGCUUUGAACACCUGACGACUUUUGUCUGAGCCGUCCUCAUGGCAUGUGGUGCGACAGCAACUGGGCAGUUGCAUGA